AUGCCUCAGUCGGAGGAAUCGAAUGACAUUAAGCUAUUGAAAAGACAACGCGCUAAUGCUAAAGCUCAAGUUAAGCGCACAUUAUCAUACUUAGACGAACACGAAGAUAUGUCUAUCGCAGCAUUAAAAAUACGACAGUUUAAAUUAGAACAAAUGUUUAAUAUAUUUUCGGAAGUGCACACACCAAUAGAGGUUAGGGACGAAUCUUUGGACUCCACGUUAGAAUGGGAAUCAUUUGAAGAGCAAUAUUAUAGAGCCGCGGAAGUGAUUAGCGAUCGGUUAAAACAUUUACGCAAUAACAUUGAACCCGUUCUUACAAAUAGAUUAAUAGCAGAUUCGCCGAACACGGUAAAGCCAACUAGCUCACUUUUAAGUAAAAUCGAGAUCAGGCCAUUCGACGGCAACCCAAUAGAAUGGCAUAGUUUCCAUGAUACCUUUAAGUCCUUAGUACACGAUAACGAGGAGUUAAUUGGGGUUCAAAAAUUCCAUCUUUUGAAAAAUGCUCUUCGUGGAGAGGCUUCCGCAAUAAUCGAAUCAUUGAACGCGACAGAGGGUAAUUAUUUGGUGGCCUGGGAUUUGCUACGAAAGCGAUGUAAUAAACCGAGGAAAAUUAUUAAUGCACAUUUAAAACUUUUGUUCGAUUUACCGGAAAUUACUCGCGACACACCGUCAAGCCUUAGGCAAUUAGCUGAGCAGGCUCAAGUACACGUUAACGCGUUGCAGGCCGUAAAUCAACCCACCGAGUACUGGGAUACUAUUCUGAUACACCUAGUUUCAAGUAAAUUACAUAAGAAUACUCGUCGCUCGUGGGAGCGUACUUUAGAAGAUGAGGAAAUUCCUCGAUUCCAGCAGCUGUUAGAGUUUAUAAAUAAGCAUGCACGAGGGGAUGAUUUGGGAAUGGAAACUUCAAAUCCAUUCAAGGUGCAGGGUAUACAGGAUAGAUUGCGCUCGAAAACACAAGUUCGCGGUCAGUCAUACGUAGCGACAGAUGAGCGGAAACAAGUUUGCGUCGUUUGCAAGGGAGUACACCCAAUUUAUAAGUGCACUAACUUUUUAGAAUUGUCGGUUCGCGAUCGUCUAAAUACAGUGAAGCGGACGAAGCUAUGUUUAAAUUGCCUGCGUCCAAAUCAUACUGUUGUCAAUUGCCAAUUAGGGAAUUGUCGCAAAUGCGACAAGAAACACCAUACUUUACUGCAUAUUCCGUCCGAAACCCAAGAAGUAAAAAACAAUAAUGAACCUUUAACCACCCCUUCGACAUCUGCAAAUACAAUAAAAACAGCUUUAACGGUCUCAUAUGAUUCAGAGAUAUUACUUGGCACAGCUCAAAUCACAAUUUUAGACAAAUACAAUAAGGAGUACACAUGUCGCGUACUACUCGAUAGGGGUUCCCAGACACAUUUCAUUACACAAAGAUUCGCGGAAUUAUUACAAUUAGAUAAACACAAAAUAGAUCUUUCGUUUUCUGGUUUAGGGCAGCUUAAUACGCAUACAAAGUACGUAGUGAAGACAGGUAUAAGAUCAAAGACGAGUCCCUUUAGAGCACAGGUAACAUUUAUUGCAUUACCAUCAAUUACGAGUAGGCUACCGUUAAGACAGAUCGACCUUAGUUAUUUAGAAUUACCAAGACACAUAGAGUUAGCGGACUCAGAAUUCCAUAUACCAGGAGAGAUAGAUGCACUCAUUGGGAAUGCACUAUUUUAUGAUUUAUUAGAGACGGGUCAAAUCAAAUUAAAUAAAUCUUCUAUCAUAUUACAAAACACACAGGUAGGAUGGAUUGUUACCGGGGAGGUAGAUAGUAAAAGGCGGAAUAAUUCUCUUAAAGCUAAUAGAUUUUGUCACUUAGCCACGUCCCUUGAUAUGCAAAUCAAUCGUUUCUGGACGAUGGAAGAAAUUCCAGAGCAAAAAUUCUUAUAG